AUGCUCGGCAUACUCUACUACCCCCUCCUAAUCGGAGGCAUCUACUUCCUCUACCACCUCUUCCGCUAUAUCACCAAUAUCGUCGUCGCUCGUAAAAUCGGCUUUCCCACAGUCCACUUCCCCCUCUUUCCACAAAACCAUGUCGUUUGGGUGAUCAUGGGGCCAUUGGGCCGCCUCUCCUACAAGCGCUACCUGCCCACCUGGCUAUACAACCGCGUCGCUCUCCUAAUCUACGGCCUGGAAUUCUUCCAGAAAGACCAGCCGUUUACAGAGUAUGUGGUCCCUCAAGUUCAAGCGAACCCGAAAUUGUUGGGCAAGGGCAAGACGUAUUUAUUGGUUACUGGCGGGAGGCUGGAGUUGUGGACAUGGGACGCGGAGAUUGCGAGGGAGGUGACGAGUCGACCGGGGGAGUUUGUGCAGUUUGAUAUGGCGAGUGUGGUUAUGAAUGUGUUUGGGGAUAAUGUCUUGACGUCGGAUGGCGCGAAUUGGGCUAGGCAUCGGAGGAUUGUGGCUGGUGCUGUGACGGAGAGGGUGAGUCCGCUGGUGUGGAAUGAGAGUGUGAGGCAGACGAGGGCGUUGUUGGCUUCACUGAAUGGUAAGCCUGAGCAAGGCGCGACGAAUCAGAUGUUCGAUAUGAUUAAGAGAGUUACUAUCCAUGUGCUUUAUGCAGCUGGUAUGGGCAAUAGGCAGGACUUUGAUGGUGGAAAGGAUCUCGUUGAUGGCGACAAGGUGAAAACGGGGAUGGGUAUGAGUUACAUUGACGCUGUUAAGAUUGUCAACGAGAACGCUGCGGGCUUCACCGUCUUGCCGACAAGAUUCCUUCGUAACUAUCCAAGUUUCCUCCCGGGAUCGAAAUGGCUGAAUGAUUUGGGACAAGCCAAGGUCGAAUUUCCAAUACACACCCGUGCUGCAUUAGCAAAGGAGAAGCAGCACACCGCGGAAACCGGUCAGGCCAGAAACAACGUCAUGAGUGCAUUGAUAGCUGCUUCAGAAUUGAACGAAGGCGAUGUUGAGAAAGGGAGAAAAGGACCAGCAUUGAGCGAUGGAGAGCUCAUGGGCAAUCUUUAUAUCUUCACAGCUGCAGGAUUCGACACAACAGCGAACACUAUAGCCUACUCCUUGCUCUUUUUGGCACGACAUCCACGAUGGCAGGACUGGCUCUUCGAGGAGUUAGACGCCCUUUUGCCUUCUCAUCCUGCAGCCGACUUCGACUAUACGUCAAUCUUUCCGAAAGCACAUCGCACACUAGCGGUCAUGCUCGAGACUCUUCGUCUUUUUCCAGCGAUCAUUCAUAUUACUAAGAUGACACGAACACCUGUGACAGUCACAACGGCAUCUUGUGGUACGUUCACCGUACCAGCCAACACUACUGUGUACGUGAACAACGUAAUGCUUCACCGAGAUCCUGCCGUUUGGCGACACUUGAAUAUGACACCGUUGGAGCGCAAGGCAGCUGCUGAUGAUGAAGACGGGAUCAAAGCCGACGAGCAGAAAUACCGACCGAGCAGAUGGAUCAACUCUUCUGAUUCUGCAACUCCAGUCUUUCAGCCACCUAAAGGAACUUAUCUUCCGUGGUCAGCUGGACCAAGGGUGUGCCCCGGCCAGAAAAUGGCUCAGGUCGAGUUCGUGGCGAUUCUGGCAACACUGUUCAGUAAGCACAGGAUGGAGAUUGUCCGGAGGAUGAUACCUGUCGUUGGUGCACCACCGGAUGUCCAAAUACCGGAAAGCGAUGAUGCGCUGAACAGGAGGUUAGACGCAUUAAUGGAGGAUAGCACUCCGAAAUUGACUCUGGAGAUGGACGUGUAUAACAUUCUGGCUGGGGAGAAGAGAGGCUUAGGUAUGAGGUGGUUACCUAGAAGGUAG